CGCUGAUCCUCCUCCUCUCUCUCUCUCUCUCUCUGUGUGUGUGUGUGUGUGAGGGUGUGUGUGUAUGUGUGAGUGUGUGUGUCGGGGAGGCGUGCAGCAUGUUGUCACAGAUCCACUGAACGCUGUUUUAUUUUCUGCCCAACUCCCAGCAGGGUGUAGAGCUCCCACCAUGGGUUAGACAGAAAGCCACCUAUGGAUUAUCCACUUUAUGCACUUCAUGGAGGAUGAAGGGUUCGGGUGGGGGGGACAGAAUGGACUUAUUUUCGGAGAGACAUCCUGACAAAGACGGGGACUGAACAGUGACCGGGAUCGGCAGCCCCCCCUCCACCCCAGUCCGACUCUCUCUGCACAUUUUUCUUUUUUGUUUCCAUUUUUCCUGUAUUUUUUAUUCUGAUUAUUGACGUGAUUCCCUGAAGUCUGCGUGGAGCAGAGAUGUUCGCUGAACUGCUGUGCGGCGCCGUGGCUCUGGUCCUGUACGUCAACACUCUGGGAGCCGAUUUCUGCUACGAUGACAGCCGAGCCAUUAAGACCAAUCAGGACCUGCUUCCGGAGACGCCCUGGACCAACAUCUUUUACGAUGACUUCUGGGGAACCUUGCUGACCCACAGCGGCAGCCACAAGUCCUACCGGCCCCUCUGCACCCUGUCCUUCCGCCUGAACUACGCAGUGGGCGGCCUGGAGCCCUGGGGCUACCACGCCGUCAACGUGGCGCUGCACGGCGCCGUGACCGUCCUGUUCACCUCUCUGGCCCGCCUGCUGCUGGGCGGGGGGCCGUGGAGCCUGCUGGCCGGCCUGCUGUUCGCCUCCCACCCAGUCCACACCGAGGCGGUGGCGGGCGUGGUGGGGCGGGCCGACGAAGGCGCCGCCCUGUUCUUCCUGCUGUCCUUGCUGUGUUACGUCCGACACUGCGGGCUGCGGGGCCACGCCGGGCCCUGGCGGCUUGCAGCGUGGCUCCUGAGCAGCCUGGCCUGCGCCGCCUGCAGCAUGCUGUGGAAGGAGCUGGGAGUCACAGUCCUGGCCGUAGCGGCUUUAUACGACGUCUGCGUUUUCCACAGACUCAAACUGAGACAGACCAUUCUGCUGCUUUACAAGAGGAAGAACCAGCAGCUGCUGCUGAACGUGUUUCUGUUGGCCGUGUGGGGAGUCGUCUUACUGGCCUGCCGCUUCUCCUGGAUGGGCAACAAGCCGCCCAACUUCUCCAACUCAGACAACCCGGCCGCUGACUCGCCUUCGCUCCUCUCCAGAACUUUGACCUUUUUCCACCUACCUGCUGUCAACUUCUGGCUCCUCCUCUGCCCGGACACGCUGAGCUUUGAUUGGUCGAUGGACGCCUUGCCUCUGAUCAGGAGCCUGGCCGACUGGAGGAACGUCCACACGGUUCUCUUUUACCUCGGAUUGCUUUUGCUGGUUUGGUUUGGCCUGUGGAUGCACUCAGCAACCAGGACCAAGGAAACCAAUGGGAAAAGCCACCAUUACAUUAACGGCAGGAAUGGGAACAGUAAUGGACACAGUUACCACGAACACACAAACAACUCUCACACAGACACCAAUAAUAUUUUCACCCAGAACGGAACCAGCAGCCUCUCAGAGAGCAGGACUUCACUGCCGACCUCGGAGAAUGUGGUUUCUUUCUCCCUGGGCCUUCUGGCCAUCCCCUUUCUACCUGCUACAAACCUGUUUUUCUAUGUUGGCUUUGUGAUAGCAGAGAGAGUGCUAUACAUCCCCAGCAUGGGCUUCUGCCUGCUUGUUGCUGUGGGGCUGCGGUCGCUGUGUGUGCGAGUGCGACGCAGGUCCUGCAGGAGGCUGUUGCUGCUCUGCAGCGGCGCCAUGCUCCUUCUGUUUGGGAUGAAAACUGUGGUGAGGAAUCAGGACUGGCAGAACGAGGAGAUGCUCUACAAGUCAGGGAUCUACGUCAAUCCUGCUAAAGCUUGGGGCAACCUGGGAAAUGUUUUGAAGAGCCAGGGGAAGAUGGAUGAGGCUGAGCAGGCCUACAGAAACGCUCUGUAUUACCGCAGCAACAUGGCCGACAUGCUGUAUAACCUAGGUUUGCUGCUGCAGGAAAGCAACAAGUUCUCCCAGGCGCUCCACUACUAUAAGCUGGCCAUUGGGAGCCGGCCAACGCUGGCUUCCGCCUACUUGAACACGGGCAUCAUCCUCAUGAAUCAGGGCCGUCUGGACGAGGCCAAGCGGACCUUUCUGACCUGCGCCGACAUCCCCGAUGAGAACCUGAAGGACCCCCACGCCCACAAGAGUUCAGUCACCAGCUGCCUGUACAACCUGGGCAAGCUGCUGCAUGAGCAGGGGCAGCAGGAGGAGGCUAUCUCCAUGUUUAAAGAAGCAAUACAGAAAAUGCCAAGACAAUUUGCACCGCAGAGCCUCUACAACAUGCUGGGUGAAGCCUACAUGCGCCUGAACAAGCUGCCUGAAGCGGAGCACUGGUACAGGGAGUCUCUGAGAGCCAAGCCAGACCACAUUCCUGCUCACCUCACCUACGGAAAACUCCUGGCUAUCACAGGGCAGAAAACAGAAGCUGAGCGCUACUUCCUGAAGGCCAUCCAACUGGAUCCCACUAAGGGCAACUGCUACAUGCAUUACGGUCAGUUUUUACUGGAAGAGUCGCGGCUCCUGGAAGCAGCGGAGAUGGCGAAGACGGCCGCCCGCCUCGACGGCGGGGAGUUCGAUGUGGUGUUCAGCGCCGCUCACAUGCUCAGACAAGCCAAGCUCAACGAAGCAGCCGAGAAGUAUUACGGACAAGCAGCGAGCCUAAGACCCAAUUACCCUGCAGCUCUGAUGAACCUCGGAGCGAUUCUCCACCUCAACGGGAAACUGCAAGAAGCCGAAGCCAAUUACCUCCUGGCUCUUCAGCUGAAACCAGACGACACCAUCACCCAGUCGAAUCUGCGUAAGCUUUGGAACAUCAUGGAGAAGCAGGGCCUGAAGACCACGAGUCCCUGAGAUCUCCCGCCCCGCCCACACGCCAUCUGCACUCCAGACCCGGGGAGACGGGCGGCUUACGCGCCCUCGUUCUGUUUUCUCAUCCAGGAGAGAAGGAAGAGACCGAGGGAGGACGUUUGGAUAGACAUUGUGCCGCUCAGCCUCCCCCACUAAUCACCUCUGAGCUCUGCAAACACCUCAGGCCUGCAGCUUUGCUCAGGAUUGCUUACAGUCAGGAAGACCCUGCGUGGUAUCUGGAUUUCUUUCUGCAGAUUUACUGCUUUCGUUUUUUAUUCAAGAAUAUUUCAAGUUAAAGUGAAGCCACAGGUUCAUCGCUGCCGCAAAAUGAGGUAUGAAGAACACAGAGGGGAGCACUGAAGGACUUUCUGUCAAAUUUUAGUUUCACUUUGUGUUUUUUCUUGAAAAUGAAGGAAAGAAGGUACAUAUGAAGACAUGGACACAAUUUAACUUCUUAAAAUUUAAUUUAUAGUCUCUGCUUUUAAACCUUCUCAUUUGGUCACUUUAAUCUGAAAUUGCACCACAUAUUGAUUCCUAAAGUAGCAACUGACCUGAUAUUCAGAGAAAAACAUAAAAAGGGAAUGCAGAGCAACUAUUUCAGCACAAUAAGAGUCUCUAACUAAGGCCUGCAAAGGGCUGCAGUUAAUCUAACUAAUCUGUUUUAGCAAGCUUUGAAAUCGUCUUCAUUACCAGUGGUAUUUUUAUUCUUCACUUCUAAAUAUUAAACGACCAUCACCAUUAAAAGCUGAAAGCUUCAGGUUGCAGAUGGAAAGCCUUCCCAAAAGGAAAUGCUAAGCUAACACUAAGCUAGUGUCCAACUUUUAUCCUUACAUGGAUCAACACAGUCACGGCUCGAUGAAAGGGAAAUGUUUAAAUGCCUUUAUGCUUAGGUAAAGUUAUGUCAUUUGAAUAAAUAUUAAUAUAUAGCUGCCAUGUUUUAGUACACAGAACAACACAGCAAACUGUAGCUCCUUAACUGAGUGAGUUUGGCUUGUUACUAUACAGUAAAGGGUUUUUUGGUAUCCUUACAGCUGUUCUCAUCUGUAUAUAUUUGUUUUCAUAUAUUUGGUUGUUUAUGUCAGUUUUUAGUAAAAGAAAUACCACCUUCAUAAAGGUUUGUACAGUAUUUGUUAUUAUUUGUUGGCCCCAGUCCUACUCAUACAGUUAUUGCUCUGUUACCUGUGAUUAGUGAUAUCCAGAACCAGAACCAGUGGUGGGUACUGUUGUUAGUAGCAGAGCUCAUUUUUUGUUGAGCGUUUUAGCAUUUUUGCUAACUUUGAAAACUCUUAGCACACUCAGCUUCCCUUAAAUUAAUAUUUUCAGAUACAUCCUGAAGCGCUAAUUUAGUUGCCUGUUUUGGAAACUUUCAUUUAAAUAAAGUUCAUCAUCUGAGUUGAAGUUUUUGUUAUCGACUGUCAAGAAUUCUUCAAGUAGUCAGACAUUUCUCUUCUUGCUCUUAUUUUGAAGUUUGUGAAGACUGUUCCACUUCCUGUCCUCACAAUUGUUUUUCUCAAAACAUCAAAAAAUAAAAUACAAUGAUUUCAGAGCAGUAAUUAAUAUACAUUUACCUUGAGGUGCAUAUAUAAGGUGCAUAUAUCCAGUGUUUUUGUAUCCACUUAUGUUCUUCACUCACGAUGCAGUGCAGCAAAUGACGUUCAUUCUUUACCCAGAAUGCAUUGCUGUAGUUCUACAGUAAACAGUUUAAAAUGUCCAGUGUUUUCUGACUGAAGCCCUACCUUUAGGCAAAAUUAGCAACAGAGUUAGCAAAUUCAACAACUAUAAAACUGAAACCAUGAGUGAAAAAUAAAAAUUCCUUUGUGAAGAGCAAACCGUACUGUUAGGCAUGUAAUGACAAACUUCACCCUGUUGAGGGCGAUGUACUAUGUUGUAACACAUGUGUCAUUGACACAUGUUGGGUACCAACAUGGUUGAAUUUAGCGCUUAAGCAUUAGCUUCUGCUCAAUGCUUUGUCGGUGUAGCAAGUUACCAGAACUAAUAUUUAUGAUCAGUGCUUUGCGGUCAGUUCAGCUAACAUUUUUAAUUAGUGGUACCCACCACUGUCCAGAACUAAACCCAGGUACCAGAUCGGACUCCAGAGAGAGGCGUUGUUAAAUGAUCGAGAUCAAGACCUCAGAUACUUCCUGUUGAGACUCUUCAUCCAGCUGGACCAUCGGUGGGGCGUGGGGCGGCGUUUUGUGCUGUCAGCUUUUAAAUAUCCCGAUCUAUUCUCAUGUUUAUUACAAGACUAAUAUAGCACAUUUCCUUUUGAUCUAGCAGGUCUGGGUUUCCCCCAAUGAGGCCCUCUUUAUGAAGGUGAUUAGAGUUUACUGGGGAGGUUCCAGUCAGUCUGUUUAAAAUAGACAGACUGGAAGCUGAAUAUUGUUCUCAUUUGUCCCCACAAACAGCCGAAUCACUUAAAUAUUCUAAGAAAAUUUCUGAGUUUAUAAAGCACAAAAACAACUGGAACAAGAUUGAAAUAUGUUACAAAGUGAAUUAAGAAAUCUUUAUCGAACUGAGAAUAAACAUGCUUGUGUUGUUUUUAUUUUACUGCACUUUAAAGCUACUAUUGAGGCUCAUACAGUGCUCUGAAAAAGUAUUUCCUUCAAAGAUUUCUGUACUUUUUUUUAGAUUUAUUGUCACUUAAAUGUUUCAGAUUUAUUAAACAGACAACCUUUCUUUCAGACAAAGAUAACUGGACAAACAUAAAUAAAGUACAACUAAAAUGAUGAUUUCACUCUGGUCUGCCAUUUUGUAAUUUGCAGAUAGCGGAGAUUUGAUUAGCUUGUUACGCAAAAACUUUUUUCUGCCAAAUUGAUUAAAAGAUGUCAACAACACAUGACUUAUCCAUCCAGCCUUUCAUUUUGGAGUCAGGAAAUGUUGCCACAUUAUGAAUGAACACGUGUUGUAAACAAGGCACAGUUAGAGUUAGCCAAUGUUGGCACCAAGAAUGUCACUGAAUGCGUUUGGAUCAUGGGUUCCCCAAGACAAAAUCUGCAAAAACAAAGGAAAUCCAUGACCUUGUUUAGUAGUUCUGCAGCAAAUACUUUAUAAACAGAAUAUAACGAUAUCUACGCAGCACCAGGAGAGACUAAAUCCAACUUUCCUGCACAACAAAAUGUAUUUAUGGGCUAAAAACAGCUUUUGCAUAUCUCCAAUUUAAUAUACUGUGCUAUGAUAAACAUUCGGUUCAUACUCAAAAACCCUCCAAUAUGGCUGAAAUGACACAAUUUUUCAGUGAUUCGAAAUUUCUCCCCAGAGUUAUUUCCACAUAACCUUUAAAUGCCUUCAUUAAUUGAAAUAAUCAUUUAUACUGUACACUCUGUUGUCUGCAUGUAUUCAGGUUAUCUGUGCUGAUUUUAAAAUUAGUUUGAUAUUCUGAAACAGCAAACAUGAAAGAACCUGUAAGAGAAACUUUUUAUAGCACUGUAUGCAGCGUUGAUUCUAAUGAAGGGUCCAACUGGGACGAUUCUGAUCCCAACUGUUAACAGAACCAUCAGAACCAACAGUUGUGAUCCUGAUCCCAACUGUUAACAGAACCAGCUGGAACUGUGUUGUUUUUUUCACAUGUAAAAUGAAGGAAGAUCAUUUGAUGGAGCUUCUGCGUGUUUCUGGUCGUUACUGAAGAAAAUUCACAAACACGGCUAAUGUAGCUAUUUACACAACACCUGCUUCAGGAGGCUGAGACUUUGAUAUGUGGAGUUAUAUGAAGCAGUCAUAUUGUCGUCUGCACGGUGCUUUCUUUACUGUGAUGGUGGAAAGGAAACGUUAAGAGUUCACGUUGAUUUCUCAUUACUAAUUCCUGGUGUAAAUAUUUAAAGUGUUGAGGAAACAAGAUUUUUAAUGUCUGUAAAAGGUGUGAAAAGAAAAAGUGUUUCACUCUGUGUCUCUGCUCAGGGAUCUCAAGCAGUGGGCUAUUGCAGAAACUUGUUCACAGAGAAUUUACUAAAUUAAAAUUUAUUUUUGAAAUGUGUUGUAUUUGUAUAAAUUAUCAGGAUUUGUAGCCCUGUUCUCCUUUUUUGUAAAAUAAAAACUGAACAAUG